AUGCAAGCCACUCCGCUGCCGCAGCUGCUAAAGGAAGUCUAUAUCUAUCUAUCUAUCUAUCUAUCUAUCUAUCUAUCUAUCUAUUCAGUCUGUUCAUCUAUCUCAUGUCUAUUCAUCUAUCUAUCUAUCUAUCUAUCUAUCUAUCUAUCUCAGUCUGUUCAUAUCUAUCUAUCUAUCUAUCUAUCUAUCUAUCUAUCUAUCUAUCUAUCUCUCUCUCUCUAUAUAUAUAUGUACAUUAGUGUAUCUUUCCUCUCGUAUCUGUAUUCUGUUCCUAUCUAUCUAUCAACUUUUUCUUAUCUAUCUAUCUAUCUAUCUAUCUAUUUCACUCAUCUUUGUCUUAUCUAUCUGUCUAUCUAUCUCAUUCACCGUUUUCUAAUCUCUAUCUCACUAUCUCUCUCUCUCUCUAUCUAUCUAUCUAUCUAUCUAUCUAUCUAUCUCAUUAACCUUUUCCUUAUCUAUCUAUCUAUCUAUCUAUCUAUCUAUCUAUCUAUCUAUCUCAUUCAACUUUUUCUUAUCUAUCUAUCUAUCUAUCUAUCUAUCUAUCUCAUUCAUCUUUGUCUUAUCUAUCUAUCUAACUAUCUAUCUAUCUAUCUCAUUCACCCCUUUUCCUUAUCUAUCUAUCUAUCUAUCUAUCUAUCUAUCUAUCUAUCUAUCUCAUUCACCGUUUUCAUAUCUAUCUAUCUAUCUAUCUAUCAUUCAACUUUUUCUUAUCUAUCCAUCUAUCUAUCUAUCUAUCUAUCUAUCUAUCUAUCUAUCUAUAUAUCUCAUUCGUCUUUGUCUUAUCUAUCUAUCUAUCUAUCUAUCUAUCUAUCUAUCUAUCUAUCUCAUUCACCGUUUUCUAAUCUAUCUAUCUAUCUCAUUCACCGUUUUCUAAUCUAUCUCACUAUCUCUCUCUCUCUCUCUCUCUCUCUCUAUCUAUCUAUCUAUCUAUCUAUCUCAUUCGCCUUUUCCUUAUCUAUCUGUCUCAUUCACCUUUUUCAUAUCUAUCUAUCUAUCUAUCUAUCUAUCUAUCUCAUUCACCGUUUUUUAUCUAUCUUUCUUAUUCGCCUUUUUCUUUUCUAUCUAUCUAUCUAUCUAUCUAUCUAUCUAUCUAUCUAUCUAUCUAAUUCACUUUUUCCUUCUAUCUUCUAUGUCUUUCUGUCUUUCUUUCUGUCUACAGUUCAGUUUCCAAACCCGACUCACUGCAACAGGGAUGUACGCUUUCUUCCUCUCUUUGAUUUUCUUCUUUCUUUCCUUCUUCUUCUUUACACAAUUCAGCUUAUAACAGAGGUAUACACUUUCUUCUCUGGUUUUCCUUUUUCUUUUCUUUACACAAUUCAACUUGUAACAGAGGUAUAUACUUUCUUCCUCUCUGGAUAUCUCUUUUCUUUUCUUUACACAAUUCAACUUGUAACAGAGAUAUAUGCUUUCUUCUCUGGUUUGCCUUUUUCUUUUCUUUACACAAUUCAACUUGUAACAGAGAUAUAUGUUUUCUUCUCUGGUUUAUCUUUUUCUUUAAACGCAGGCUAA